AUCGAACGUGUCACAGUGUGUGUGGUGCACAGAAUUAUCAAUGCAAUUAUUAUAUUUUCAUAAAAUCAUGUGUAGAACUGUGAUCUUUCUGGGAAUCUCGAUUAUUUUAUUCGAGCAAUCCCUGACACACCGCGAGCGGUGCGACAGACAGAAGAUCAUAUUACUGGGCGACGGCAACAUGGGCGCCACUUCCCAGUUCAGCUGGCUCGGCCUGUUCAAGGUGCCGUUAGACAAUGGAGGGGGCGUAGUGAAACAUGCGGUAUCUGCAAUCGUGCUCAUUAAGCGCAACUACGCGGUCGCUAACGCCGACGACAUCGCCAAGACACCGGAGAAUAUCUUCUUAGAGGAGAGUACAGCGAUGUUCCUAUCGAAAGAUGGCGCGCUAGUUAACUACAGGCCGCUGUCCUACGUCACCCACCCGGAGUAUGAAACCGUCGUGUACAGCUCCAUUGCCGUCGUCAAACUCGCCGUGCCCAAGCAUAGUCCGCUGGUUCCAAUAUGCUUCACCAAAACGCUGUACGACACCAAACAACUCUACCUCUUCGGAUAUACGGACGACAACGACAAAUUGGAGAAAAUAGUUUACAAGAUCCAAUCGGUGGAGAACCAGAUUUGUGACCAGUUCUAUACGGCAGAGGGCCUGGUAGACGUGCGGCGCAAGCCUCAGUCGUACGUGUGCGGAGUGCACCAGCACAGCAGCGCGCCCUGCGUCUGGGAGAACGGCUUGGUGCUGGCCUCCAACACCACCGGCUGGUUCACACUCAUUGGGUUCAGUCUGCACGGGCCGGGCUGCGGAGUGCCAGCCCGCUUCAUCUUCAUGCUGCACUACUUCUCCUGGAUCAACUCGGUCACGCUCGGCGACAGUGCCGGCCGGAGCGGCGCCGACGAGGCAGAAGAAGUACAUAUUCAUGAAAUCCAAUCAGUAAUCAACCCUCCCACGCGACGGACGAGUGCCUUCGUCUUCCGACACGACUAUCUCAGUUGGCCAAAGUCUAGAGAGGCUACAAAAUUAAAUUAUUUCACAGUCGCACCUACCUACGAAGAGGACGAACAUGCGAUCGCUAUAUACCCGUUCCAAACGACGCAGGAGAUGUACCAUAAUGCGUGCCAGUCAAGACGAAUGCAAAUGUACCGAGAGCAGUUCGAACUGACGGCGGGGCUCUUCGACACUGGUUCCGUCACUUACAAGUUAUCGAUGUACAAUCUGAGGGUGGGUGCUUGCACCUGCGUCACUAUAUCGAUGACAUGUACAAAUCGAUCGGAGGCAUUCUUAACGCUCAGGGAUGAAAUCAACUUUACUCCAGAGGACAGGCAGGUGGACAGUUCACCGUAUGAAAUUUUUAGAGUAUUCCCCGUCAUAUUCAGAACACCAAAAAAUAGAACAAGAAGACAUGAUUAUGGAUAUAAUGAUAGACAUGGAGGUAGACCUACUGGUCGUAAUGGUGGAGCGGGUAACUAUGGACCUGAUAGACCUGGUAACCGUAGACAUGGUAGUAGACCUGGUAGCAAUAUACCUAGUGGUAGAACAGGUAGCCAUAGACCUAGUAUUAGAGCUGGCGGAAGAGUUAGUAGCUAUAGACCUGUUGGUAGACCUGGUAGCUAUGGGCCUGGCGGUACAGCUGGUAGCUAUGGGCUCGGCGGUACAUCUGGUAGAUAUGGGCCCGGCGGUACAUCUGGUAGAUAUGGGCCCAGCGGUACAGCUGGUAGCUAUGGGCCCAGCGGUACAUCUGGUAGCUAUGGGCCCGGCGGUACAUCUGGUAGCUAUGGGCCCGGCGGUACAUCUGGUAGCUAUGGGCCCGGCGGUACAGCUGGUAGCUAUGGGCCCGGCGGUACAUCUGGUAGCUAUGGGCUCGGCGGUACAUCUGGUAGAUAUGGGCCCGGCGGUACAUCUGGUAGAUAUGGGCCCGGCGGUACAUCUGGUAGCUAUGGGCCUGGCGGUACAUCUGGUAGCUAUGGGCCCGGCGGUACAUCUGGUAGCUAUGGGCCCGGCGGUACAUCUGGUAGCUAUGGGCCUGGCGGUACAUCUGGUAGCUAUGGGCCCGGCGGUACAUCUGGUAGAUAUGGGCCCGGCGGUACAUCUGGUAGCUAUGGGCCUGGCGGUACAUCUGGUAGAUAUGGGCCCGGCGGUACAUCUGGUAGAUAUGGGCCCGGCGGUACAUCUGGUAGCUAUGGACCUGUUGGUAGACCUGGUAGCUAUGGGUAUGGUAGUUAUGAUAAUAACUAUAAUGACCAUGCCUUUGAAAGUAAAUAUGGCAGUAGACGUAAGGUCAAACCUAUAGGUGGAUCUGCAUAUGACUAUUUAUAUGAUGUGCUCCCGGGUAGUAUGCCCUAUGUGAAAGACUCGUACUACGCCAGAGAAAAAGAUAUAACUGCGUAUUAUUUUGGACCUGGCGGUUACGCCAUGUACAUUGUAUCUGCAACUCAUCCGCCACCAAAAGGUAGACCUGGUGGUUACGAACCUGAUAGCAAAUAUUUUCAUCAUUAUUCAAUAAUCACAAACUUUACUAAAGAUCUUCAUCCAUCAAAACCUGACGAAGUUGACCCAGAGAACAACCCAAACUUUACGCUCACAACGUUGCAAGACGAAGUGUCCACUGGCAAAGUGGUGAGUUAUGAUCUCUACGUAAGGCUGGAAUUUCAAGGCAGAGCAGAGCUGAACUUUAUAAUAUAUGGAGAGCCUCAGAACGCGUUCGGCACCACUACCCCCAAAGGGCCAACUGUGGUCACUGGACCUGACGGCUUAACUUUGCAAGACUAUGCAGACAGUAUAAUUUUCAACUACGAUGUCUCUAAACAUGUUGGCCGUAUAGGAAAUACUGAUGAAAGACCUAACAGUGAUAAUGAUAAUAAGCAAACCAAGUAUCCUGACUUCGACGAUGCCGACGGGCUAUCUAUGAGCUCACAUGAACCGAUAGACAAACGGUUGCGAGAGCAGAGCGUGUAUGGGCAGCCAGAAGAGGACUUGUUGCACAAUGUGGACAGCAGCCUGAAGGAAGCUCCUCUCGUGGCGGACUACGGCCGCGACCCUGUGAGUGCAGCCGCUGCGCUGGGCGCGGGCUCCGCCGCGGCGCUCGCGUGCAUUGUCGUUCUUCUCGCGAUUGGUUAA